AUGAAAACAGGAACAACAGGCCUGACGACAGGCCUUUUGUCGAAGGCCGCCACUCCAUCUCGAAUUCUAUGUUCUACCCCAGCAAGCCAACAUCGAGCAUUGAAGAGGGAUAACAACAAGUCAUGUCAAACACGAAAUCUUUCAACAAUAUGCGCCUCGAGAAGGAAAUGCAAAUAUUCUCAGCAGGACCUGUCAUUGAAACCAAUGCAGAGACGUUCUUUUCAUGCAUCAGCGAGAUAUCAAGCCACGAAGAAUCCCUAUGAUGUUCUCGGUGUAGACAAGGGCGCAUCUGCGUCAGCCAUUAAGAAAGCAUAUUAUGGUCUUGCUAAAAAGUUCCAUCCAGACACAAAUAAGGAUCCAAAUGCUAAAGAUAAAUUCGCCGAAGCACAAUCUGCUUAUGAACUGUUAACCGACCCACAGAAAAAGGCAGCUUGGGAUCAGUAUGGGUCUGCAGCAUUCGACCAAGGAGCAGGACCCGGACCUGGUGCUGAUCCAUUCGGUGGUGCGGGGGGUUUUGGAGGUUUUGGGGGUGGAUCUGGCGGGUUCCCGGGUGGAGGGUUUGGAGCCGAUUUCAAUUUCGAAGAUUUGUUUAAGGGUUUUACUGGAGGAAGAAGGGGUAGAAAAGGCGGUGCCAAUCCAUUUCAUCCCGAGGAAAUACUUGUCGGAGACAGCAUUGAGGUUCAAACGAAUAUCUCCUUCAUGGAAGCAGCAAAAGGGACGAGCAAAACCAUCAACAUAUCCCCACUAUCCACUUGCAAAACAUGUCGCGGAAAUGGCAUGAAAUCUGGAACGAAGCGGUCGUCAUGUAGAUCUUGUGGAGGAAGUGGUACACGCGUGCAUUCUAUGGGUGGGUUCCAAAUGGCUUCGACUUGCAGUGCAUGCGGUGGUCACGGAAUGGUGAUUCCAUCUGGAGGAGAAUGUGGUACAUGUUCUGGAAAUGGAGUUGUGCGUGAGCGUAAAACGAUCAACGUCGAUAUACCUGGAGGAAUUGAGGAUGGUAUGCGAUUGCGAUUGGAUAGGGAAGGUGACGCCCCGGCUACUGGUCAAGCUGCGAACCCUGACAGCCCUUCACAACCUGGUGAUCUUUAUGUACUUGUUCGAGUGGCUACGGAUCCCAAAUUCAGCCGCUCUGGAUCUGACAUCUUAUAUACCGCAACGAUCCCUCUCACAACUGCAUUACUUGGAGGUGAGGUCAAGAUACCGACCUUGGAUGGAGAUGUCAGUGUUAAGAUCGCAACUGGAACCGGUAGUGGAGAUAAAAUUACUUUAGGGGGUAAAGGUAUGAAAAGGUUGGAAGGACGUAAAGGGGGAACUGGGGACCUGAAAGUGAUAUUCAAGGUCCACAUGCCUAAAUCUCUCAGUGCUAACCAGCGAACGAUUGUGGAAAUGCUUGCCGAUGAGAUGGGUGAUAAAACAGCGAAGCGUGUCAUGAAUGUUGGCCGUGCCUCAAGUUCCUCAUCAAACCCAUCGAAUACCGAAGAGAAUCACAAGCAAGAAGGAUUCCUCAAAUCCGUCUGGCAAAAAUUUACAGAUGGCGCUAAUUCGCCCAAGGAGGGCGACAAGGAGGACGAAUCCAAGAAGAAAUGA